AUGCGGGGUUGUCGACGUGUUUGGGCGCAUACAGGCAGCUAUCAAUGGACUCUUCUUUCGCUCUGCGGAUUUGGUUGGAUGGCCGACAAUAUGUGGAUACAAGCGGUCGCAAUAAUCCUCCCUCGAGUACAGAUACAUUACUCAGGCAAGCCCGAAGCAUCUUAUAUCGGCACAUUAUCCUCUUCAAUGUUCGCGGGCAUGAUGUUCGGCGCAAUUGGCUGGGGAACAUGCUCCGAUCUCAUGGGCCGUAGCGCGGCUUUCAAUGCAACUUUGUUCUUCACUGCCGUCUUUGGGCUCGUCGCGUCUUUCGCCAAUACAUUCGGCACGCUAUGCCUGUGUCUUUUUCUGUUAGGCAGCUCCGUUGGGGGUUCCAUGCCGACAGAUGGCACACUUUUACUAGAACACAUGCCGCGCGGAAAAGAAUACUUGGUCACCGCGCUUUCUGUAUUUUUCUCCUUUGGCGCAGUGCUCUCCGCUCUAGUGGCCAUUGUGCUGGUCCCAAAACAUUCUUGUCCUCCAGCACCUGCCGCUUGCGAUGUGGCGAUCGAGAAUUUGGGCUGGAAGUACGAACUCAUGGCUUUAGGAUUGAUCACCCUCACGAUGUUCCUCGCACGUAUGGUCUUCUUCCGGUUACAUGAGUCCCCGAGGUACCUCGUGCACGCGGGACGACACCAAGAGGCGCUCGAGUCGCUGCAGAUGAUCUCGCGUUUCAACGGCGACGAUUUUGACAUAAGCCUGUACGACGUCGACGACAGCGUGCGCGACCGCUUGGGCGAAAACACGCCAUUUCUUUCGCCACCACACGAUGAAGAUAGUCAUCUGCUCAGUGCGAGCGCGGUCGUACAGGCGGAAAGUCCUGUGGUCCCAGAACCCGACGCCGAUACCGAUGCGGCCGCAUCGCAUCCGCCACCUGCCCGACCACGACCGCGGCCACCGCGAUCGGAGAGUAGGGCAUCACGGACAUCCGUCACGUCUUCAAUCUUCGAGGGUAAAGGAGGCUGGCUAUGGUGGAAGCUCCCGCGGUGGAUCCGGAGACCGCUCGGGGCGUGGCUGGACCGGUUUGCGAUGGUGCUCGCACCGGAGUGGAUCAGGACUACGGUGGUGGUCUGGGGCGUAUGGUUCGGAAUGUCACUAGGGUACACGAUGUUCAACGUAUACCUGCCGAAGCUCCUCGAAGCGCGGAACUCGGCAGGUGCAGCGCCCAAAUCGUUAGAAGGGACAUUGUGGGACGUUGUCAUUUUUACUAUUGGUGGAUGUCCAGGCGCCGUGCUUGGCGCAUACUUGAUAGAAUCGCCUCUCGGGCGACGCUUAUCUCUCGCGGGCAGCACGUUCGUGACUGCAGUAUUCUGCAUCAUAUUCGCCAUGGUAGAUGGGCAGUUCGCGGUGACCGCGAGUACGGUAGGCAUCAGCUUGAGCGCGACGGCGAUGUGGGCUGUACUGUACGGGUGGACGCCAGAAAUAUUUAGCACCAAAGUCCGCGGGACAGCAUGCGGAACUGCCUCUGCGCUUUCUCGCAUAGGCGGCAUGAUCGCGCCGAUAUUGGGCGGUACACUUUUGAUGGUGAACACUUCCUUCCCCGUAUACACGAGCAUAUGUGUCUUCACUCUGUCCGGCGUCGCUGUGCUCUUGCUGAGCGAGGACGCGGGGGACACAAAGGGAAGAGAAGGGGGUCCUGUAAUCGUCCAUUAA